AUGGGUGAUCACGGCAAUAUGGAUGACCUCACUGCUGCAUUGGCACUCAUUCAACAACAAAUGCAGACUCAGCAACAGCAGAUGUUGCAGAUGCAGCAGACCAUCCAAAAUCAGCAACAAGCUGCUCAGGGACAAGCAGCCGUGAACGCCGCGCGAGAAGAGCGUGAUGCUUUUAUUGGGGACCAAAACCUUCCGUGGAACUUCGCUACUAACCGCUCCCCCAUCAACCCUCCACCCUAUACUCGACAAGAUUAUGAGAGCAAACCUGCACUGAUAGGUCAGGUACAGAAGAGCACGUUCAGCGGCCUCACUUCAGACAUUCCAAUGGACCACAUAGCGGCCUUUGAGAGGAUCUGCAAUUUCUCUCACUCUAAUGGAGUGCCGCCAGAUUAUGUCAAAUGCACGUUGUUCCCAUUCUCUCUUGAAGGGAAAGCUUCUCGCUGGUUACAAUCUCUCUCAACCGGUUCUCUCACCUCAUGGGACCAGGUUCGAUCAGCAUUCCUGAGUCACUUCUACACAAAGUCCAAAACCACGGCUCUACGGCACAGAAUCUCCAACUUCGAGCAGAAGUCUGAUGAACCUUUUCAUGUAGCUUGGGAAAGGUAUAAGGAAUACCAGAGAGAGUACCCACACCAUGGGUUUGAUGAUGAUUAUAUAUUGGAGGUGUUCUACGAUGGAGUGAGUUAUGAGUUCCGAAACACCCUUGACUCUUCUAGUAAUGGAGACUUCAUGACUCAAACCACACCUGGUGCGUUUGCGUUGAUUGAGAACAUGGCAUCAAGUUCACUGAACAAGAACAAGGAGCAUGACCGCUCGAAGAGUGUGAACAGCAUAGAUGAUCUCGCAGCGAAGGUGGACCAACUGCUUAAGGGAAACCUAAGCCAAGUGUUCAUAAUGGAAGAAGCAACUCCUGAGAAGAGUGCCGGUGACCUGGCGUUUGAAGCUGAAUUAUCAGGGGACGAUCAGCAAGAGGUGAGCUACGUGAAUGGGCAAGGAUGGCAGCUCAAAAAUUACCACCCAAACCCUAACGUGCGGAACAACCAACAGCUUUUUUGGCCUAAGCAAGAUAAACCAACUGAUCCUGCUCAGAGUAACCAAGGUCAGUAUGCCGGGUAUCAAAAGAACUACCAACCCCGGGCUUAUGUUCUAAGCCAACCGCAGAACACCACACCCCAGAUGCGGAAACACCAGAACCCUCAACCAGCUACCUCCGCUCCUAUCGUUGAUCCGCAAGAUGAGACAAAGGUCAUGUUGCAGCAGCUGCUCCAAGGACAACAGCUCCAAGGGAAAGCUCUGAACCAGGUUACUACCGAGAUCAAUACCAGAAUGAACCAUAUGUUGGGAGAUUUGAGCACCAAGUACGAUAAUAUCGCGAGCCAUAUGAGACAGAUGGUCAUUCAGAUAGCUCAGACUGCUGAGAGCGUCAAGAGGCAGCAAGUUCAACUGAGGAGCGGAAAACAACUUUCCGAGCCGGAGAAGAGGAGGUUCACCACGGCUGAGAAAGGGAAGCAGAAAGAGUCGGAACAACUACCAGCCGAUACCCUGGCAGUUGAGAGGAAUACAGAACCAGCAGUUGGAACAAGUUCGCCAGGGCCAGAACAACCAGCUGAAGCUGUUCGCCCGAUCCCAGAGGUUGUUCCUCCUCGCGAAUACAUUCCUAAAGUCCCUUACCCUGUUCCAGCAAAGGCCACUCGUAAGGACAGAGAGGAGAUGAAGUGCAGGAAGAUGCUGGAGGACAUAACCGUCAGACUCCCCUUGAUGGAUGCGAUCCAGAUGAUGCCCUCCAUGCGCAGCUUUAUGAAGGGAUUGAUCUCAGAAAAAAUAUCAGAGGAGAGCGAAUUCAUGACAGUUUCCAAGGAGUACAUCGCAGUGCUUCAGAACAGGCAGAUAAAGAAGCGAGGAGACCCCAGCGAGUUUGUCCUCUCCAUCCAGAUUGGGAAGACAGUUUUUGCAUGCUCCUUGGUUGAUCUUGGAUCCAGCGUCUAG